CAAAAGACCACCAUUACUCAGAACAAAAGGAAAGUUCAAAGCAAGCACAAAGGCAAAGAAUCUCAACCAAGACAUGAUCAUCAUAAAUUAAUAUUAACCAUCCAAACAAUCCACAACUUGAUUUUUUAUUUUAUUUUUUUCAUUGUAUUUAAUUGAAUUUGAUCAAUCACAAACAAAGCAAAACCAAGCUAUCAAAGUCGGUCAUUGUUCAUCAAUAUGGAAACUACAAGAUCAAAGGUAGAGGUGAUGAAGCCUGUCCUCCUCAAGGCUGGAAUUCCUAUAGCCGUCUCUGUGGCUUGUUUCAUCUUUGCUAGGCUCACAACAAGAAAAAGUUCAGUUUCAAAAGCUUUAAAUUCAGAAAACCAAGUGAAUUCUCUUUCAACCAAUUGCAAGGAGUUCAGAGAUGAAGAGAGCUGUCACAGCCUUGAUUCCAUGUCUUUGUCUUGUAUGGAUGAUGAUGAAGAACAAGAACAUAAUGUAAUAAAAAGUACCCAUUUCACAAAUCCACUAGCAUGUUUGGUAAGCCACGAUAAAAGUGAUGCAGAAGAAGAGAUUUUAGGCCUAAAAUGUCGAAUCCAAGAACUUCAAGAAAGGGAGUGGCAGCUAGAGAUGAGGUUUCUUCAGUAUUUCGAUAUGAAAGAGAAAGAGUCAGUGGUAAUGGAACUUCACAACAAUUUGAUGUUGGAGAUGGCACGUGUCGAGUUCAUGGGCAAAGAAAUUUCUUCCAUGGAAGCGGAGAACCAGAGGUUUGAGGAGUUAGUGGUGGAGUAUUUGAGAAUAGUAGAGCAGUUUGGAUUUGCAAGAUUGGAAAAUGGGUUGCUUCGCAGGAAAGUUGAGAAGCUCUCAAGAAAAACAAAAGGGAUGUUUCGUGUUAUCCAAGAACAGAAUAUGCAAAUUGAAGAAAAAGCAGCAGAGGUUUUGAGAAAUAGCAAAGAGUUAGAAAAAAACAUCAAUUUUAUUAAGGCACUGGAGGAUCAAAUCACAGAGCUUCAAAUUGUUGUACACCAACAGCUGCAAGAGAAGAAAGAGCUUUUGUACAAGCUAGAGUUGAUAGAAAAUUCAGCUUCUUCAAAUAAGAUUGAAGAAGGGAUCAAAUUAGAGGAUUACAAUCAGGUAGUUAGUGAACUAGAACAAGUCCAAAAGGACCGAGCAACAGAGGUUAAGGAACUUAUAUUCUUGCGUUGGUGCAACGCAUGCUUGAGGCACGAGCUAAUGAGGAGGGAUCAGCAACAGAGAGAACAAAUAGAAGCGAGAAAUAACCAGUUGGAGUUGGAGUUUGCAGGAAGUGGAGAGAUUGAAUUGGAUGGUUCGGUUUUGGGGCACGGUGAGGCUUGCUCAUCAGGGGUCAAAGCCGGAGCUUGUGUUGAUUCUAAAAGGCCGAAGUUGAUCCGAAAGCUUAGGAAAUGGGUGGAAGGGAGUGAGAAGAUGAAAGAAAAGGAGAAGCAUGAAGUGAAGUGCUUUGGAAGCCCUUUGGUUUCUGAUAGAGGAGCUGAUGAGGAUCCAUGUCUUCCUCCAAGGAAGACAUGUUCUAGUAAAUGACUAAAUUUACUAGUUCCAAUCUUCAAAGCAUAUUAUAUAUACAUGACAUGACAAUACAGAAAUAACUUGGAAGGAACAAAAA